UUUGGCUAAGAUCAAGUGUAGUAUCUGUUCUUAUCAGUUUAAUAUCUGAUAUGUGGACUAUGUGUCCACUUCGAUAUUAAAUUUAUUUUUUGUGGGGAAGGGCCCACCACAGUGGCUUGCUACUGGGGUCCUUGAGCGUCGCCCAGCCGUUGCACUGCUGGCAGGGCCUGGCGCACCCCAACCAAAUCUAAAUCAAAUCUAAAUUAAACUUGACGAUUGUUUCUAUUUUGAAUUGAAGACUUCUUGAAUCGAUUUGAUUUGAUUAUCUCUGCUAUUCAGUUGGAGAUAUCUCUGUUUGGAGCUUAUUUGGGCCCGACGGACUCAAAGGGAAGGCCCAACAAGUGCUUCGCUCGCAGACUUCUGCCAGCCCACGCCACGUCAGCCUCGUCCUAUCCUCUGGCGACGCCGCGUCACCGACCACGUCCUAUCCACUCGCCCCCCGACUGCCUACUGCGCCAGCCAUCCAGCACCACCGCUCGCCCCGACACACCCCGCCGAGCGCGAGAGCUCGUCAGGUUCGUCUCCAUGGCGGUCGCGGCCGUCUCCACCUCACUGUGCAGCGGCUCAGAUCAGCUCGUUCCGAGGCCGAGGUCUCUGGACCACCAUCUCGGCCGCUCGCUCCUCUGGGGGCGGAUCGCCGGACAAUGUCGGCGCCGAAGGCCGACGGUCUUGGCCGCCGCUCGCAAGCCGCCGGGGGAAGCAGAAGAGAAGGUCCCCGCGUGGGCCAAGCCCGGCGCUGACGAGCCGCCGCCCUGGGAGCGCAAGGGCGGGGCCGUGCAGGGGCAGGAAGCCGGGCAGGUGCCGUUCUACGCGUACCUGCUCGCGUCCGCGGUCACCGCCAUCGCCGCCGUGCGUUUCUUGCUUGGAAACUCCUCCUUUUUCCUUUCCCCGCACGCGCGAUGCGCUCGCCACUCACCGAAGCCUGGCUCGGCGUCUUUUCUGACGAAAUGGCUCCACACAGAUCGGCUCCAUCUUCGAGUACACGAACCAGCGGCCGGUGUUCGGGAUAAUCGGCUCCGACAGCGCCCUGUACGCGCCGAUCCUGGGCUUCUUCGUCUUCACCGGCAUCCCGACCUCCUGGUUUCUGUGGUUCAAGGCCGUGCAGACGGCGAACAGGGAGGCCGAGGAGCAAGAACGCAGAGAUGGAUUCCUGUGACUUCAAUUCAUUUGCCGGUGCAGAAGAACAAGCACAACAUCGACGGCAUACUUAGCCUCGGCUGAUGUAAUGUAUCUGUGUUUUAGAACUGAAGAGAGCUGAUCAGUUUGCGGCGGAGGAAAAAAAAGAAUAUGUGCAGAUUAAAGAGGGUUUUUCUAUAUGCUUGGAGUAAGGUUCUGAGUGUCAUCAUAUGAAUGGAAAAUAUUUGUUUCCUUGGUUUAAAAUAUAGUGUGUUUUGCACUUGAACUGAA